AUGAUUACUCGUAUUAUCCCAAGGCUUACUCGUCCUAUCCCAAUGCGUACUCCGACUACCCCAAUGCGUACUCCGACUAUCCCAAUGCGUACUCUGGCUAUCCCAAUGCGUACUCCGACUAUUUCCAUGCGUACUCCGGCUAUCCCAAUACGUACUCCGACUAUCCCAAUGCGUACUCCGACUAUCCCAAUGCGUACUCUGGCUAUCCCAAUGCGUACUCCGACUAUUUCAAUGCGUACUCCGGCUAUCCCAAUGCGUACUCCGACUAUCCCAAUGCGUACUCAUACUAUUUCAAUGCGUACUCACACGAUCACAGUGCAUACUUAUACUAUCCCAUUGAUUAAUUGUAGUCUCCCAAUGCGUACUCCGACUAUCCCAAUGCGUACUCACACUAUCCCAAUGCGUACUCACACUAUUCCAAUGCGUACUCACACUAUCACAAUGCGUACUCACACUAUCCCAAUGCGUACUCACACUAUCACAAUGCGUACUCACACUAUCCCAAUGAUUGCUCGUAUUAUUCCAAUGCGUACUCCGACUAUCCCAAUGUGUAUUAUACUAUCUCAAUGA